AAGCGUAAAGGCCUGUUCACACCGGGACGAAUUCCGCGCGCGAUAUUCGCCGACGUUUAACGCCUCGUGACUAAACAAAGGGCGCCAAUGUGAGUGUGCACACCGACGCGAAAAACGCCACGCGUAAAAGAGUCAUUUUUUAAAAAACGCUUCGGGUUCGUUUUUUUGGUUUGACGCACCGCGUCAAAAACUAUACGACCAAUGAGAAUGGCACUUUUGCACACGUGUCUGGAGCUUCUGAAGUUACAGUAAAACACAACUUGGGGGCGCUCAAACACAAAACUGUCUUGCUGUGAGCACACAUACGUAACGGCGAAGAAGAUAUACGCCAAGUAGCGUCUACACUGCCGGGAAGAAAUAAGACGAAGAAGAUGCAAGGCAAGAUGAAUGUAGAGUUGCUGGUCUCGUUGGUGUCGGAACACAAAGAACUAUAUGACAAACGUGACAGCGAUUACAAAAAUCUUGAUAAAAGAGAACUGUUAUGGAGUGGUAUUGCACAGCAAAUGGGCCUUGAUGUGGAGGAGGUAAAACACAAAUGGAAAAGCCUGCGAGAUACAUAUACACGAAAAAAGCGCGAAGAUGAUUGCCGAAGUGGACAGGCUGCUAAAAACAAGAAGACGUGGAAAUUUAUGAAGGUCAUGGAGUUCCUCGCAACAUCAACUGAAUUUCGAAGUGUUCACAGCAAUAUUUCUCCUGAAAAUAUGAAUGAAGGGGUUGAGCAAGUGGUGGUUCAAAAAGAAGUCAGCGACAGAGAAGAAGCAUCAGCAAGCACGUCUCCAGGAUCAUCCUUCUCCAGCCCAACUGUGACCAGGUCUACUUUCAACAAAAGAAAACGGCCAGAGACACCAGACUUGUUGGACCGGUACCUUUUAUCCAAAGAAGCCAGGGAAAGUGAGAAAGAGGAACGCAGAAGAGAGAAAGAGGAGCGCAGAGAGCAACGAAGAGAGCAACAAAAUGAUGAAAAUUACUUGUUUGCUCUUGGCUUGAUACCAGCACUAAGGAGAUUGUCCCCAGCCGUACAGUCUUCAGUCAAAUUAAAAAUACAUCAGCUGUUGCAUGAUGCUGAGUUUGGCCAGGCCUCUUCUGCUUUUUUUCCACAGCAGUCACCGGUGUCCUACCAUCAGGUCCCCCCACAGACCCCAACAAACUAUGGCUGCUCUACAACUUCUUGGCUACCCUAAUAGAUGUUUACUGUAUACAUUUUAAUUCUGUAUUUUUUUUGUUUGUUUUUUUACAUUCAAGAAAUUUAGUUGAAAAUGGCCGUUUCAUAAAUGUUUAUUUGCACUAUUGUUCACUUGCACUACAGUCAUUGUGACUUAUUUGCACAACCUUUUCUGACGCCCUUUUUUACUUUAUGUUUGUGAUUGUUAUUGCAACUUGUAGUUCAUUAAAAAAUGUUUCAUUUUUCCAAAAGAAA